AUGUCAACUUUCUGUUGGUUCAAGAUCGAACAAGAUUUGUAUUUAUCAUCUCGUCAUGAAAAUUUUGAAGAUAAUUCAAUUAUUGAAAAUAAUAAUUAUGAAAAUACUUUAAUUACUGAUGAUGAUAAUUAUGAAGACAAUUUAAUUGAUGAUGAUAACUAUAAUCUUGAUGUAAAUCUAGAUGAUGAUGACGACGACGAACUUUAA